AUGGAGCGCUUUAGGAGUUUACUCGGCGGCGGCGGUAUGGGAGGAGCUGCUCAUGGGACUGACAACACAAACCUCAUCGACAACUCCGAAACCGUGUACAUUUCCUCUCUUGCCCUCCUCAAAAUGCUUCGACACGGUCGCGCAGGUGUGCCCAUGGAAGUCAUGGGUCUGAUGCUGGGCGAGUUUGUGGAUGACUUUACCGUCAAGGUUAUGGAUGUGUUUGCUAUGCCCCAGAGCGGUACCGGAGUCAGUGUCGAGGCUGUCGACCCCGUGUUCCAGACCAAGAUGAUGGAUAUGCUUCGACAAACGGGACGCCCCGAAUCAGUAGUCGGAUGGUACCACUCGCAUCCUGGUUUCGGUUGCUGGCUGUCAUCUGUUGAUAUCAACACUCAACAAUCCUUCGAGCAACUGAACCCCCGUGCAGUUGCCGUCGUCAUUGACCCUAUCCAAUCCGUCAAGGGCAAGGUCGUCAUCGAUGCUUUCCGUCUCAUCAACCCUCAGCUUUUGAUGCUGGGUCAAGAACCCAGACAGAGCACCAGCAACUUGGGUCACCUCAACAAGCCCUCGAUUCAAGCCCUCAUUCAUGGGCUCAACCGACACUACUACUCGAUAGGAAUCAACUACCGCAAGACUGCUCUCGAGGAGAACAUGCUUAUGAACCUACACAAGCAUGUAUGGACCGAAGCUCUAGAGAUGGACGAUUUUCGACAUGAGGGCUGCAAGAACAAGGACCGACUGCAGCAGUUGGUUACGUUGGCGGAUGGUUACGAGAAGCGAGUGAAGGAGGAGACCGAAUUGACCAAAGAUCAGCUUAAGACUCGAUACGUUGGCAAGUUGGAUCCAAAGAAGCAUCUCGAGGAUGUUGGCCAGGAGCUCAUUGAGGACAACAUUGUCUCUGUGUCGAGACAAAUGAUCGACAAGGAGGCAACCAUGCCCAAAAAGGAUGCGCCGGCAGGGUCCAAGGGAGCAGCGAAUGGCGAGCAAAUGGAUGUGGAGGAGGAGUUAUGA